CAAAACUGAGGUCCCUGUUAGCGUCUUCAUGCCUCAGAGCCAUUCAGAGUCACAUUGUUCUCUCGAAGUUGCACAUCUGUAGGAAUGAGAGAGAGGAUUUAAAGUAAAACUAAAAAACGAAACAUCCACAUCAGCAAGUCGCUGAAGGGAGAGCUGCUCGCGAUGGAGCCAAGGGCGUCAGUGACAUCCUUCAAGGACAUCUCAGUACGUCGAUGGAGCCUGCGUUCCAGCUGCAGUCUACCUUAUGGCUCUUUCGCAAACAGCCUUGCGUCUCUCACACCCGAUGCUGAGGAGAAACCUGCCAUAUCGCCCAAGCGCGCCUAUGUCACCAUGGUUGUGCUUUGCUACAUCAACUUGCUCAACUACAUGGAGCGGUACACAAUAGCAGGUGUCCUUAAAGAUAUUCAAACAUUCUUUCAUAUAAACGACAGCACGGCUGGACUUCUGCAGACAGUUUUCAUCUGCAGUUUUCUCCUUUUGGCCCCUCUCUUCGGUUACCUUGGCGACCGCUACAAUCGCAAAUACAUCAUGAUUGGUGGCUUGAGUGUCUGGCUUUUGACUGCAACCGCCAGCUCUUUUGUCAAUAAAUCGCAAUUCUGGCUUCUCGCCCUGCUGCGAGGCUUGGUCGGGACCGGAGAAGCCAGCUAUUCCACCGUCGCUCCGACCAUCAUAAGCGAUCUCUUUACUGGGGGCAAAAGGAGCAUCAUGAUCUGCAUCUUCUACAUCUUUAUCCCUGUCGGAAGUGGUCUUGGGUAUAUAACAGGGCAAGGCUUUGCAUCUCUCACAGGGGACUGGCACUGGGCUCUGAGGAUCACACCCAUCAUGGGCGCGGUGGGACUCAUUUUGAUGAUCAUUUUAUGUCCCAACCCGCCGAGAGGUGCUGCAGAAACCCACGGAGAGGGGGUGACGGAGCAGAGCUCUUACUUGGAGGAUGUUAAAUAUCUUCUGAAAAAUAAAAGUUACGUGUGGUCAUCGUUGGGCGUGACGGCCCUGGCCUUCCUCACCGGGGCGCUGGCUUUCUGGCUGCCUAUCUUUUUGUCCCGAGCUCGGGACAAUCAGAAACUCAGCGACAAACUAAGUGACUCCUCGGACAGUUACAUCUUUGGUGCCGUAACAGUGGCCACAGGCAUUCUGGGCGGGGCUCUCGGCACUACUUUAUCCAGACUGUUUAGGGACAAGGUGCCAAAUGCUGAUCCACUCAUCUGCGCCGUGGGCAUGCUUGGAUCAGUGCCGUGCCUCUUUAUCACCAUCUUUUUGGCAUCAGCAAGCAUUCCUGGCACUUACGUGUUCAUUUUCUUGGGCGAGCUGCUGCUCUCAUUGAACUGGGCUGUCUUGGCUGACAUACUGCUGUAUGUUGUCAUACCAACAAGGAGGGCGACAGCGGAGGCUCUACAGAUUACAGUCGGACAUCUCCUGGGUGAUGCUGGGAGCCCUUACUUAAUAGGAGUGGUCUCUGAUGCUAUAUACUCAGGUAACACUGAGAAAUUUGACAGUUUGAAGUACAGCCUGCUGCUCUGCCCCGUGGUCGGGAUUGUCGGGGGAGUGUUUUUCUUCAUUACUGCCAUCUAUAUUGCUGAAGACAGGAAAGCAGUGCAGCAGCUGCUUGGAGAGGAACCCCAACCACCGCAGCAUCCUGCACCUGAGCCCUCGGUGGAGCUGAGCAACAGGGGAAAUGUGUAAUCGCUUGCAAAACGACUGCAAUGCAAUGAAUGUAAAGUUAAGUUAUAAACCACAGUUACGAAGACCAAAUGGCUUUCAGUCUGUACAGUGUUUAAUACCCUUUAAUUUUACCUUUUAAUACCAUUUCUUUAACUGUUUUUUGUUUUAAGAGAAUUCAUUUCAGUUUUCACCUCAGUGUAAUCUCACAACAGAAGUUUGUCUUUUAACAUGAUCACAUUGUUACCUCACAGGACUGUGCAGAAGACUUGAAACAUGGAUGCAGUUGUAUUUUUUCACUGUAAUUGUUGUUGGUUAUAUUUCUAUUAAAUCUUCAAGCAAAAACUG